GCUGUCAGUUGGCCAUGAGGUUAAGUCAGUGUCAUUUGGCUCAAGUUUUAAUAAGAAUAUUCAAUAUUUUUUCUAAGGUUUGUUGUUUAGUAAGGUUUGAAUGAAAGAAAAUGUUGAGAACAAUGUUAUUGUCAACGCGAAUUCAAGUAUCUUCAAAAUGGAACGUUAUACAUGCUGUAUCAAGUCAGUUACGUUUCUAUUAUAAGAAUCCCUAUGAGGUACAACAGUGGAUAUCUACGCUGGAUGAGGCACAACAACAACGUAUUAGGUUCUUUCAAAAUGAAGUUGAAUUGAAACGUGAUCAAGGUGAAAGUGUGCCAACAAUAGAACAACUCACCAUUGAAAACUACCAACAUCUUAUGAAUUCAUCACAUAAUCAACGUAUAAAAUAUUACAACUAUUUAAAUAAAAGGGAAACAUCAAUCGCCGUCACUUUUAAAAAAGAUAAUAUCCGGAAAAAACUUCAUGAAGAAAAAAUUUCAAUGGGUGUAUUUGACGAAAAAAAACCAGAAGGUGAUCAAAAACACAUCGAAUAUGGACUUGGCAAAAUAUCUUUAAUACCAAAAAUUUACGACCGAGCAAUUGACAGAUGGAGAAAUAUGCGAACAUUGUGGCGUGAACAUUUGGGCGCCCCAAAACUGAUAUACGAUUGUAGUUAUUCACACUACAUGACGCGGCGUGAAAAUCAAGAAGCGGCUAACCAAUUGGCACUGGCCUUUGGAAAUAAUCGUCGACAUCUUCAGCCAUACGCGCUUAACUUUUGUGGCAUGGACAAACAAAGUAUGCUAUGGUCAUUACUUUUAAAGAAAAUCCCAACAAUUACUACUAAACCGCUACCACUCCGAAUACACGAAGCUGACGCAUCGGAAGUUUUUCCGAAAGAAAAACUCGUCAUACUCACGCCCAAUUCACCAAACCUAUUGAGAGAGUACAAUAACGAUGAUUAUUACGUAAUUAGCGGCAUUGUUGAUCGCGGUGAUCAAAAACCGUUAUCAAUUGCUAAAGCAAAAGAAUUGAAUAUUCGUCAUGCACGUCUUCCCUUGGAACAGUAUCGUAGAUGUCGAAUGAAUAAAGCAUUGACAUUAGAUCAAAUGAUGAGCAUAAUGCUUGAAUUAAAAAGAACACGCGAUUGGAAUAAAGCAUUUGAUUUUGCUGCAGGACGCAAAUUUUACUAGUUUUACUAGCAAGUAAAAAAAUGAUAAUUUUUAGUAAAAAUAUCCAAUAAAGUCAUUAUAAGCAUUUUUGCAUGAAUGUACUUUUGAUUUAAGUUUGAAUUUCAAAAUAAAAUUGUGUUAUAUUAAAUGUAAAA